AUGCAAUACACUCAGAUCUUUGCCCUUGCGGUCUUCAUGACUAGUGCCGCUGCCAUUCCCCUCGAGAAGCUCACCCGUGCCUGCGCCUACACCUGUGGUACGGUCUGCUACACCAGCAGCGCCGUCAGCGCUGCCCAGGCCGCAGGUUACAAGCUCGAGGCAGCUGGCAAGGCUGACGACUCGUAUCCCCACGUUUACCACGAUUACGAGGGCUUCGACUUCUCCGUUGACGCACCGUACUAUGAGUUCCCUAUUUUGAAAUCUGGCUCGGUUUAUACCGGUGGAUCUCCCGGUGCGGACCGUGUAAUUUUCAAUGGAGAUGACGAGCUUGCUGGUGUGAUUACGCACACUGGUGCUUCCGGAGAUGACUUUGUUGCCUGUACUUAA